AUGGAAGACUAUGAAGUGAUAGAGCAAAUUGGAAGAGGGGCUUUUGGCUCUGCCUUCCUCGUCCUUCACAAGUCCGAGAAAAAGAGGUAUGUGCUGAAAAAGAUUCGGUUGGCCAAACAGACAGAGAAGUUCAAACGUACUGCACACCAAGAGAUGAACCUGAUUGCAAAACUAAAUAACCCAUACAUUGUGGAGUAUAAAGAUGCUUGGGUGGAGAAGGAGGACCACGUAUGCAUUAUAACUGGCUAUUGUGAAGGAGGUGACAUGGCAGAAAACAUAAAGAAAGCUCGAGGGUCAUUUUUUCCUGAGGAGAAAGUCUGCAAAUGGCUGACUCAGUUGUUGAUAGCUGUGGACUACUUGCAUUCUAAUCGUGUAAUCCAUAGAGAUCUUAAGUGUUCCAACAUAUUUCUCACCAAAGACAACAACAUUCGGCUUGGUGACUUUGGCCUUGCAAAGCGACUUAAUGCGGAAGACCUUACUUCCUCGGUUGUUGGAACUCCAAAUUACAUGUGUCCUGAGCUCCUGGCUGAUAUACCUUAUGGUUAUAAAUCUGAUAUGUGGUCUCUUGGUUGCUGCAUGUUUGAGAUUGCUGGACAUCAACCAGCUUUUCGUGCUCCAGACAUGGCUGGACUUAUCAAUAAAAUAAACAGAUCCUGCAUUUCUCCACUGCCAAUUGUUUAUUCUUCCACACUGAAACAACUUAUCAAAAGCAUGCUUAGGAAAAACCCAGAACAUAGGCCAACCGCAGCUGAAUUAUUAAGGCAUCCGCUUUUACAACCAUAUGUUCUUCGCUGUCAUAAUGCAUCAUCUAAUAUUCUUCCAGUAUAUCCCAUAGUUAAUUCAAAGGAUAAAACAAGAAGAUCUAAUAAAUCUAGUGGUGGCAAGGACCAUAAGGACAAAGAAGCAAACUUAGUAAAUCGUUUGGAACGGAUUCAUCCAAUUGAGGGAAAUGGAGAUACACACGUGAGUAAUCUUCCUAGUGAUGCUGUAACAAUCUCAACCACUGCAGACGACAAUAUUGAGACCAGGAUUGUUGAUCUUACCAGCUUCAUAGUGGAAUCUUCUACUAGUAUUAGUGGCUCAAAAGAUGGAUCAACAACAUCUGAAUCAACUAUUUGCAGUGUGUGCAAGGAGGACUUUAAAAGUAGACCUGCAAGGGAAACGACUAACAAUGAGAUCUCUUUAAAGAGUACACAAGAAUUCCUGCAUGAAGAACAAACAAUUGCUGCUAAACAUUUUCAUAAUUUAGAAGAUGACAUUAAUGCAGUGACCAAAGAAGUUGAAGAUGAUUCUUGCAAUGAAGGUUUGGAUAAUGCUGAAGUACUGAGGGAAGAUUCAAACCUAGACAACUCUGGUAAAUCAACAAUGUCCAGCGCAGGCAGUAGCAGCACUGAUAAAGAUAAGUCCAUCAAUGAGGAAAGGCCAUCACUAAUUAUGAAUCCUACUUGGGUUGAAUAUGAUACUGAAUCGGGAAACCACUUGAAUGGAUUUACACAAGCCUCAAAUAUGAACUGCUUGACAUCUGAUUGUAAUGAUGCACUUCUAGUUAAGGAUGAUGACACAGCUAACAGACACAUUCUCUCCACACAUAAAGAUGAUAACAAGGUGGAGGCUGAUCAGACAACGAGUGGCGUUUCAUUGAGUGUAAUAACAGAGGUGGAUGGUGAUGAGACAAUCACGACUAUGUUGGAUAGUCCCUGCCAGCAAAGAGCCGAUGCUCUGGAAUCUCUGCUCGAAUUAUGUGCUCAGCUACUCAAGCAAGAUAAACUUGAAGAGCUAGCUGGGGUUCUGAGACCAUUUGGGAAAGAAGCUGUAUCAUCAAGAGAAACAGCAAUAUGGCUGGCAAAAAGCCUCAUAUCUGCCCAAAAAUUUAAUCCCGAAACCUAG